CCUCAUCCGUUGUCCUUCGCCGUUGGCGUAUGUCCGGCCUUCCGCGACAGCCUCAUCUUCGGGGAGAAGGGGGAUCGCACUCCGUCCAUGCGAUUCUGCGGCACUUUUUUUUUCUCUCUUCCCCUUGCCGUUAUUGGGUCGUCAAGCGGGCUGUUCGUUGUGAAUGAGCGGGCUGGCAUCCGAAUACGUCCAUUAUCGCAAGGCUCAGCAGCUGCCGGUGCCCUCCCCGUUCACGUAUCCAAGGGGGAGGAGGUCGACUCAACCUGCGAUACCCGCGUGGCAGGGCACAUCACCCCGCAUGGAACCCCGGAUCGCGAUGGCCCCCGAUGCCGUUCGAUACGAAUGACGUUACCCCUCUCUUCCUCCUCCUCCUCCUCCCUCUUCACAUACGAAGAAAAGGCAGCAGGCAGUCUCCUACAGGAGGGGAAAUGCAUUGGGCUUAAACAGAUCGGGGGGGUAGGAAGACGUCGUCCAAGCAGAGUCCCUCCGCCGUCGCUCCGAAAAGACAACGUCGUCAUUGGUAUCACGAGGAUGGGCCCCUGUUGAGCAAGGCGAGAAUCUCCAUACCACCCAAUUAUCAUACAACGUGAGUAUGUAUGUACAUAACCAACUCCCCGCACGCCCCAUGCCUGCUCUCCCGCGUGAGGGGGAAUGGUUUGGCGAUUCUGAAGAUGUCAUGGGUUGCACCCCCCUUUCAGGAACCAAGGUACGUUUAUCAAGGCGGUCCCCCCUCUCAAGGGUCGCACAAGGUGCACAAUUAUAGUGGCAUAGUCGAAGAAGAAAGAAAAGAAGGAAAAAAAGACAUUAUCAGUAUCAUGCCCAAUCCUCCACACAGUAAAUAAGGUUACGUUCUAUAUGAACAGAACCAUGGAAUAUCAUAACUAAGUCCCCCCCCCCUCUC